CUUUCAAUUUUUAGUUCAACAAAGCAAAGAAUACAAAUGAACUUCCUCCAGUUCUGAAGAAUGUGAUGACCAAGGAAGAUUUUGAGAAAUCAAGGCAAUAUUCCCUUGCAAAAUUGAGAUUUGGAUUUGUAAAAGAUGCUCAGAACAUAUUGGUGACUUCUGCUGUUAUAUAUUAUGGUGUUUUAGCACACAUUUGGAACUAUUCAUAUUCAAUCAACCCUGUACCUGGGGAAGUUAGUACCAGCUGUAUAUGGUUAUUUUUAGUAUCUCUUGCUUCAACAAUUGUUGAUCUUCCUUUGACGAUUUACUAUACAUUUGUAUUGGAAGACAAAUUUGGGUUCAACAAACAGACAGCGGGAUUUUUUGCUUGGGACAAAAUAAAGGCAUUUCUUGUCAGUCAAUUUAUAACUAUUAUGAUAUCAUCAUUGGUGAUUGUCAUAAUCAAAAGUGGAGGACCGUAUUUUUUCAUCUGGCUGUGGCUAGUGGUAUGCAUUAUAUCUAUGAUACUACUGACAAUAUAUCCUGCUGUUAUUGCCCCACUGUUUGAUAAGUAUACACCAUUACCAGAAGGAGAACUACGUACUGAAAUUGAAAAUUUAGCUUCUCAACUGAAAUUUCCUCUAACACAGUUGUAUGUAGUAGAAGGAUCAAAACGAUCUUCUCAUAGUAAUGCUUACUUCUAUGGGCUGUUCAAGUCAAAACGCAUUGUCCUAUUCGACACACUCUUGGCAAAAGAUGAUGGUAGCGGAUGUCAAAAUGAUGAAAUCUUAGCAGUUUUGUCUCAUGAAUUAGGACAUUGGAGUCACAAUCAUAUAAUCAAAAAUCUCAUAUUGAUGCAAGUGAAUUUAUUCUUACUAUUUGCUGGAUUUUCUGUAAUGUUUAAAUAUCCUCCCCUGUACCGAGCUCUAGGUUUCUAUACCGUUCAACCUGUGUUAGUAGGUCUUUUUGUGGUGCUACAAUAUGUUAUGAUGCCUUAUAACACUUUACUCACUUUUCUUAUGAUUUGUUUGUCCCGAAAGUUUGAAUUUCAAGCUGACGAUUUUGCUGUGAAUUUAGGAAAAGCAAAACCCCUGGAAAGAGCUCUGCUACAGUUGAAUAAGGAUAACUUAGGUUUUCCAAUCAAUGAUGAUAUGUAUUCAGCUUGGCAUCAUUCCCAUCCACCAUUGCUGGAAAGAAUUUCAGUAUUGCAAGAAAGUGCUAGGAAGUUAAACUGAUGUAAGACUGUUCCUAUUAUAAUUUCAUUAUUUUUAUUAAAUUUACAAAAAAAUGUAUUUGUUAGGACUAUAUUCAAUCAUUAUUUUGACUUAUGAAAUCAACCUAUUUGUAUAUCGCACAUGAUGAAAAUGUAGAAAUAUACAAUUUUGAAAAAAC